CGCGCAUAUCCUCCACGACAUCCCUCAAGACUCCACCACCAUGCCCAGCAACAAGGUCAAGGCUUACGAGCUCCAAUCCAAGUCGAAGAAUGACUUGUCGAAGCAGCUCACCGAGCUUAAGAAUGAGCUCCUGACCCUGCGGGUACAGAAAAUCGCCGGUGGUUCCGCGGCAAAGUUGACCAAGAUCAACACUGUCCGCAAGUCGAUCGCGCGUGUCUUGACCGUCAUGAACCAAAAGCAGCGACAAAACCUGCGCGAGUUCUACAAGAACAAGAAGUACCUGCCUCUCGACCUCCGACCGAAGAAGACGCGGGCGAUCAGACGGCGAUUGACACCUCACGAGAAGUCGCUCAAGACCCUCAAGCAGCGCAAGAAAGACAUCCACUUCCCGCUGAGGAAGUACGCUGUCAAGGCAGCAUGAGCAAUGGCGGUGUCAGAGGGAGGUCGCGGAGCGGGGUGUUGUUCUGACUUUAUUCUUUCUGUGUAUGCCGUACGCCACUACCAACUCGCCAUGCGAUACUAUGGCAUGUUUUCAUGCGCACGCUC